AUGCGGCACUUUCAUCUUAUCUGUGGCUGUGCCCGUCAUCCCUAUACUCUCGAAGAGGCUAUUCGUCACUCUAAUUACUACGCAGUCAACCUGGCCGUAUCAACGAAGCUGCUUGAUAUUUUAUCUCCUUUCGUAUGUGUACGACUGAAGCGCAGCCUCCCGUGGAUGCCAGACGUUGGUCACCCGCUCAUCAUCUGCCUUGCCCCUUUCUGCUCCCCCUCCUCUGCAUCAUGCCGCUUCUGGUGUCACGCUGGGUCAUGCGUUGGUUGGGGAUCUUUUGCCUCCCAGUUAAAUGAGACCACAACGCCAGCAAAUGAAGUGGGCGAAAAGUAA